UGCCAGACCAGGCUGGAGCUGGGAGUUUAGCCAUGACCUCGGAGGCCUGUUCUGGAAGCCGCUGUGCCAGGAGCGGGAAGCUGCAGCGGCGUGCCCAGGGCGAGGACACCGCUGUCCUGAUCGACAUGGCCUCCAGGCCCGAGAAGGGGGACUCCUACGGGAGCACAGCCAGCACCUCCGAGCCAGGUGGACACCAGGCGGCCGCCUGCAGGGUGGGGACCCCUGCCAAUCCCCGGAUCGCAGACUUUGUCCUUGUUUGGGAGGAAGACCUGGGCCGGCAGCAGGACACCAGCCGAGACAAGACUGGCUCACACAGGGCCUGGAGGGAGACGUUUCUGGAUAACCUUCGUGUGGCUGGGCUGCAUGUGGACCAGCGUGAUGUGCAAGGCGAGGACAGUGCCGUGCAUUACGUCCUCCUCAGCGCCUCCUGGGCCGUGCUCUGCUACUACGCGGAAGACCUGCGCCUGAAACUGCCUCUGCAGGAGUUGCCCAACCAGGCCUCCAACUGGUCAGCCAGCUUGCUGCAGUGGCUGGGCAUCCCCAACAUCCUGCUGGAGGAGGUGCCCGACGUGCCCCCUGAGUACUACUCCUGCCAAUUCAAAGUGAGCAAGCUGUCACGGUUCCUCGGGAGUGACAACCAGGACACCUUCUUCACCUGCACCAGCAGGCACCAGAUUCUAUUUGAGAUCCUGGCCAAGACCCCCUACGGCCACGAGAAGAAAGGUCUGUUUGGGAUUGACCAGCUGCUGUCACAGGGCGUCUUCAGGGCAGCCUUCCCCCUGCACGACGGCCCAGUCACGGUGCCCUCGGAGGGCCUGCGGGCCACAGGCCUCAGCCAGCGGCAGGUCCUGUUCCGGCACUGGGCCCAUUGGCGUAAGUGGUACAAGUACCAGCCCCUGGACCACGUGCGCAGGUACUUCGGAGAGAAGGUGGCCCUGUACUUCGCCUGGCUCGGGUUCUACACAUGCUGGCUCCUGCCAGCGGCAGUAGUGGGCGCGCUGGUGUUCCUGGCGGGCUGCCUCAUGGUGUUCUCAGACACGCCCACGCAGGAGGUGUGCAGCAGCACGGACAGCUUCGAGAUGUGCCCACUCUGCAUCGAUUGCCCCUUCUGGCUGCUUUCCAGCUCCUGUGCCCUGGUCCAGGCAGGCCGGCUCUUUGACCACGGCGGCACCGUCUUCUUCAGCUUGUUCGUGGCGCUAUGGGCAGUGCUGCUGUUGGAGUACUGGAAGCGGAAGAGUGCCACGCUGGCCUACCGCUGGGGCUGCUCGGACUACGAGGACAUCGAGGAGAGGCCGCGGCCCCAGUUUGCCGCCUCAGCCCCCACAACAGCCCCGAACCCCAUCACUGGCGAGGAUGAGCCCUACUUCCCCAGAAGGAGCCGUGUGCGCCGCGUGCUGGCUGGGUCCGUGGUGAUCGCCAUGAUGGUGGCUGUGGUGGUCAUGUGCCUCGUGUCCAUCAUCCUGUACCGGGCCAUCAUGGCCAUCCUGGUGUCCAGAUCGCACAACACCCUGCUGGCAGCCUGGGCAUCGCGUAUCGCCAGCCUCACGGGGUCCGUGGUGAACCUCAUCUUCAUCCUCAUCCUCUCCAAGCUCUACGUGGCCCUGGCGCACCUCCUGACGAGAUGGGAAAUGCACCGGACACAGACCAGGUUCGAGGACGCCUUCACCCUCAAGGUGUUCAUCUUCCAGUUUGCCAACUUCUACUCCUCACCCAUAUACAUUGCCUUCUUCAAGGGCAGGUUUGUGGGGUACCCGGGCAGCUACCACAGCUUGUUUGGGGUCCGUAACGAGGAGUGUGCUGCUGGAGGCUGCCUCAUCGAGCUGGCUCAGGAGUUGCUGGUCAUCAUGGUGGGCAAACAGGUCAUCAACAACGUGCAGGAGAUUCUCGUCCCGAAGCUGAAGGGCUGGUGGCAGAAGUUCCGGCUUCGCUCUAAGAGGAAAGCGGGGGCUUCAGCAGCGGCUGGCCAGGCACCCUGGGAGGCAGACUACGAGCUCCUGCCCUGUGAGGGCCUCUUUGAUGAGUACCUCGAAAUGGUGCUGCAGUUCGGUUUCGUCACCAUCUUCGUGGCCGCGUGCCCGCUGGCGCCGCUCUUCGCGCUGCUCAACAACUGGGUGGAGAUCCGCCUGGACGCGCGCAAGUUCGUGCGCGAGCGCCGGCGCCCGGUGGCCGAGCGCGCGCAGGACGUCGGCAUCUGGUUCCCCAUCCUGGCGGGCAUCACGCACCUGGCCGUCAUCAGCAACGCCUUCCUGCUGGCCUUCUCGUCCGACUUCCUGCCCCGCACCUACUACCAGUGGACCCGCGCCGGCGACCUGCGCGGCUUCGUCAACUUCACGCUGGCGCGCGCCCCGCCCGCCUUCGCCGCGGAGCACAACCGCACGUGCAGGUAUCGGGCUUUCAGGGAAGACGAUGGGCAUUACUCCCGGACCUACUGGCAUCUUCUGGCCAUCCGCCUGGCCUUUGUCGUUGUGUUUGAGCACGUGGUGUUCUCCAUCGGCCGUGUCCUCGACCUCCUGGUACCUGACAUCCCUGAGUCCGUGGAGGUCAAGGUGAAGCGUGAGUACUACCUGGCCAAGCAGGCGCUGGCUGAGAAUGAGGCUCUCCUUGGAACAAAUGGAAUGAAGGACCACCGGCCACCAGCCUCAGAGAAGAACCUGAGCCCACAAGCCUAGGCUGCCAGAAGCCAGCUGGGCCUCCCCAGUCCCUUCCCUAUGAGGUCACAAGGGUCACCCCGAGAGUUGGCAGCUGAAGGCCUGGAA